AUGGCUCUUCGACACAACGUCUUGCUUUUCCUUUGCAUUUUACCUUUUGCUAACGCACUCUACAAGCAAUGGAUUCCAGACACCAAUUUUGAAAAUGCUACCAACUGGGAUAAAGGCUCUGUACCCUGCGGUAAUGACCAAGUUGUGUUUUUAGCUCAGAGGAAAGUAUCAGUGUAUGUAGAAACGGCUCACACUAUCACUGGAAUGAGCUUGCCGGUGGAUGGAGAACUGAUUCUGGCAUCUGGCGCUGGGUUUACUGUAAGAGAGGGUGGAGAUCCUGGUUGUGGAUCUGGGGUCACAGCACACUUUAAAGACCCUGAAUCUCGGAAAUGGUUCGACCCAUCGCUGUGGGUGGCUGCGACCACAAUCGACGAGCUGCACAGAGGUACAUAUCAGUUUUCAGUCCACGAGGAGAGUGUCCCGUGCCAGUAUGACGAUGUGGUAUUUCGAGAGGGCACCUCAUUCCGUGUGGACGUUUCAUCAGAUCAUGACGUGCCCGUGAAGAGUGUGUCUGUACUUGGGAAGAAGUUCACCAGCAGCUCUGAGUUUUCUCAGUACCUGUCAUCCAAUUCCGGCAAGCUGCAAUUCCAUGGUUCCUCAUCCCUUAAAGUUGGCGGUUCAAGCUGUGACGAUAGCACAGGGUGCAUUUGUGACAACUCUGGAAAUCGAGACAGGAUCUGUUCAAAUGUGAAAUGCGAUUCGUUGGAGUGCAAGAAACCCCUGCACCCGGUGGGACACUGCUGUGACGUAUGUGGUGCUGUCGUGAACGUUCAGUUCUCUUCGAGCUUCAACUUUGAGUCGUAUCGCCAACGGCUGCAGCACCUCUUUCUCAGCCAGCAUAAAUAUGAAUCUAUACAGAUGGCCUUGUCGAAAGUGUCAAAAGAGCAGAGGCUGCUGCGAGUUAUUCCUUUCGGAGCCACUCAGGAGAUUCAGGUGUUGCUUCUGGACCAGAAAACAGGUCAGGAAGCCGGGAAGCUGGCUGAAGCUCUCGCUCGAGACGUAGUGCAGGAUGUGCACAACCACGGCUUUAACAUCGGUAUCUCCAGCGCGGAGUUCCAUGCGUCAUCCGGGGCGAGCAGCAGCGAGGCGGCUGGAAACAGUGCAGGGGUCGUGGUGGGCGCAGUGCUGGGCUCCCUGCUUGGAGUGGGUCUACUUGCAGCCGUUGUUAUGCUCUACCGUCGCGGCAUCGUAACGAUACCCAGAAUGCCUAGCAUUCCUUCACUCAGCAAGUGGAAGAACAGUAGUGAGAUUGGGGAGCUUGGUGGCCCCUUGGACCACGGCUUUGACAACCCCAUGUUUGACAAACCGACUAUGAUGCCUGAGGAACCAGGGCUGUAUGGGACAGAGAUGAUAAACUCGAUAACCCUAACUCAGUCAGGAGUGCAUUUCGUAAAUCCUGUUUAUGAUGAAACUGAUUUCAAUGCAUGA